CCGUCGUCUACCUGAAGUCUGAACUUCAUUAAUCAUUAUGACAAGUACUCCUCUCGCCGGUUGAAGUCCGUUACUUGUUGGCCAUUUCUACAUUCUAAAAUAUAUUAUACUAGAAAGCACACCGUCGUCAUGGCCAAGAAGUUGCUGAAAUUGACAUCCGGACUGGCCAAGUCGACAAUAGCGUCGAGUCGCAACUAUGGAUCUUCAUCGAAAAGAAUUGUGGCUGUGAAUCCAGUGGUCGAAAUGGAUGGAGAUGAAAUGACAAGAAUUAUAUGGGAAAAAAUAAAAGAAACGCUCAUCUUCCCUUACGUUAAGGUAGACUGUUUGUAUUACGACCUAGGGUUGCCCCAUAGAGAUGCAACAAACGAUCAAGUGACUAUCGAUGCAGCUAAUGCCACACUUAAGCACAAUGUAGGUAUUAAAUGUGCAACAAUUACACCGGACGAAGCUCGAGUUGAAGAAUUUAAAUUGAAGAAAAUGUGGCUAAGUCCAAAUGGUACGUUACGUAACAUUCUCGGCGGCACCGUGUUUAGAGAACCAAUUUUGUGCAAAACCGUACCAAGAUUGGUGCCCGGAUGGACGAAACCCAUAAUCAUCGGCAGACACGCUCACGGCGAUCAAUAUAAAGCGACUGAUUAUAUAGUGCCUAGACCGGGCUUGUUAGAGUUAGUUUUCACCGAUCAUAACGGCAAAGUAGAAAAACUGAAAGUAUUCGACUUUAAAUCGCCCGGCAUUGGAUUGGCUAUGUACAAUUUGGACGACUCUAUUGCAUCAUUUGCUCAUUCCAGUUUUCAAGUGGCUUUGAUUAAAAAAUGGCCUCUCUAUUUGUCUACAAAAAACACGAUUCUUAAAAAAUACGAUGGAAAAUUUAAAGAUAUAUUUCAAGAUAUCUAUGAAGGCAACUACAAAGCUCAGUUUGAAAAUGCCAAAAUUUGGUACGAACACCGUCUGAUCGACGAUAUGGUAGCGCAAGCCUUAAAAAGUGAAGGUGGUUUUGUUUGGGCUUGUAAAAAUUACGACGGAGAUGUGAUGUCGGACAUAGUCGCUCAAGGAUAUGGUUCUUUGGGUCUUAUGACUUCGGUUUUGGUCUGUCCCGACGGUAAGACUUUGGAAUCGGAAGCGGCUCACGGAACAGUCACCAGGCACUAUCGGCAACAUCAAAAGGGCGAACAAACGUCUACCAAUCCGAUAGCUUCCAUUUACGCUUGGACUAGAGGCCUUAAGCAUAGGGCUAAGCUCGAUAAUACACCAGACCUGACCAAAUUUUGCGAUACACUGGAAGAGGCGUGUAUUGAGAGCGUCGACGCAGGAAACAUGACCAAAGAUCUCGCCGGGUGUAUACACGGUUUGAAAAACGUUAAAGAAGGGAUGUAUUUGAACACCAAUGACUAUUUGGAUAGCGUUAAAAAGCAAUUGGACGUCAAGUUAACGCAGUAAUUUUACAACAAUGUAUACAACAGCAAGGCAUGGUCAAGCACGACGAUAAACAGAACAAAAAAAACAAAAUGAAGCUGCUCUAUUUUACUAAUUAUUUACAUAAAAUACUUAUAUAUAUAUAUAUAUAUAUAUAGUUUUAUAGGUGGUUUAACUAUAGUAAAUUAUUAUUUUUGUAGUCAAUUUUUAUUUUUAAUUAUUGUCGACCGAGAAUUUUGUACUGAACAAAAAUUUUCCUAAAAAUUAUAUGUUACAAUAAUCGCAUGCUUACGUAAGUUUACAUAAGUAAUAUUUUCACCAAAACCAGUUCCAGUGAUAUUCAGUUUUACAAUAACUUGUUUGUACAUUUCAUCUUUUAAUAUUAUUAUUACCAAAAUGUAACAUCAAUUAUAAUAUAUUAGGGUCGUUUGAAUGUUUUGCGCAGUAAACUAUUAAUGUUACGAUUUGUCGAGUUAACAUCUAGUACAAUUCGUUAUUACGAUAUUUUAAUUUAUUUGAAAUAAUUAUAAUUUUUUUUUCAAAUUAUUAAAAUUAUUACUCUUAGCGUAAAUUAUUUUUCAAUUACCUAACUGUGAAUUUAAACUGUGAAGACUGCUAUAGAUAUUAUUUUUUCUAAAAAUAUAUUCGCUUUUUAUAAAUCACUAGCCGAGAGAACCCGGUUGUAUAUUGUACAUUUUAUUUUUUUAAUUAUUAAAUGAUAUUAUGUUAUACUCAAUCAAUAAAAAAUGUAUCAUUUCGGCUUUCUGAGCUAUCUGUG